AUGAAGACUAUACGCGACCAUUACCGAAUUGCAAGGGGCCAGGCGCUCAUCGAUAAACCGGACCAAGGCAGGGCCAUGGAAUGUGUAGCUGCGCACGCCGCGUCCAGCCACUUUCUCCGGGUGGGCGACUUCUGCCGAUUUGCUGACUGGAGGUUCGUGCAUAGGGCAAGGCUGAACCUGGUGCCGCUGAACGGGUCCUCGUCCUGGAGGACUGGUGACCGCCGAUGUCGACGGUGUGGGAAUAAUAUAGAAAACCUCGCCCACGUUGUCAACCAUUGCAUGCGGUACACCAGCCUCUAUAUGGCCAGGCAUAACUCUCUGGUGGCCAGGUUGAAGAAAGCAGCGGCCGGGAAAAAGGGCACCACAACACUAAUCAUUGAUGCCACAGUACCCUUCGACAAUAGAAUCAAGGCGUUCGAAGAAGCUGCCGCUGAGAAGAGGGCCAAGUAUGAGGAUCUAAGGAAGGAGAUCGCAAAUGACCACCCUGGGGAAGUCACAGGGUUUCCGUUCAUUGUUGGCUCUUUGGGCUCAUGGGAUCCGACCAACGAUGUGCUAGUGAGACAGCUUUGCAGCAGAUCUUACGCGAAGCUCUUGUGGAAGCUAUGUGUCAGUGAAGUCAUCGGAUACUCUAGAGAUGCCUUCACCGAACACAUAAGUGGGGUCCGAGCAAGGCACGGCUGA